AGUUAAUCGUAGUUCUUGGUAUUUAUAGAACGUUCAAGGAAAAUUGAAAAACUUUCCAACUUAGUUAAAGGGGCUGUCCAUAAUGAUGUCUGAUUUUUCUCAAUUUUUAAACCCCCUUCCCUCUUUGUCAAACUGUCAUUUUUUGGCAAAACUUUAUAUAUGAUGUCCCCUUAUAUAUGGUGUCAAAUUUCGUAUCCCCCUCUCCUUAAAGUAACAUUAAAAAUAUGUGUAAGCACCAUUUAUUUUUUCUGGUUAAAUUGAGGAGCAAACAUUCAAACCGUGUUUUCUCCAAAAAAAAAUAAAAACUGAGAUAUUGAUGGUUUCUUGUAGUCCAUGUUAAAUAGCACCAGAUUCAAGCCUUAGUUUCAGUCAAAUCAUGCUUUAUCCUAUUUAAAAACAGCGUGCAAAACUAACUGUUCAAUCAAAGAGUGUUUUCUCCAAGAUCGGUGUUCUGUCAAACAGUGCUUUCUCCAGCUGACCAAUGGGAGCGGUCCUCUCUGAUCACAUGACUAGUUGGCAUAAGCUGUUUUAACACGUGGUUCAGUACUGAAAGUAAGGUUAUGUAAGUAUUGGAAACACUGGAGCUCGUAAAAGACAGGCAACUGGCAAAAGAAGAAAAGAAGAAAAACAGAAGCGUUAUUCAUCACCUGCAGGAACCAAUGUAUACAUUCCGUGCAAGCAUUCAACAAAGAAGUUCUCAUGUUGUGACCUUACGAUGUAAAGAAACUGAGGGACAAACUUUAUAAAGUUCCUGACAAACUUUGUCAAGAUUCAAUAAUUAGUUCUCUAGUUGAAACAAAAAAUUUUAUUUGAUGAAGGCCUAAUAACCCUAACCUAAACAAGUCGCAUAAGUCAAGCUCUCAACAUGCCUUUUCUACAAACUACUUCAUUGUUGGAAAUAAAACGAGAAUUCCUGUUUGUAAGAAUAAUUUUAUUGCCAUUACUAAUGUAGGAAGGACAAGAUUGGCCAAUAUUGUUUCCAAAAUCCAUGCUGGAGAUCCUAUUGAGGAUAGAAGAGGAGGUGAUAGGAAAAGUAGCCACAGCAUUGAUAAAAAGAACAAAGUGAGAGAUUUCAUUUCUAAUUUGAAGGCAUCAGAAAGUCACUAUGGGAGAAAAAAAUCUAGAUGUUUGUAUUUGAACUUUAAAAUGAAUAUAAGAAAGCUGCACCAAAUUUAUUGUGACCAAAUAAAGGAUGAUUUGUACAGAGUGAGUUUUGCCAUGUUCAGGAGAGUGUUUGUUAAUGAAUUUAACAUUGGCUUCAAACUGCCAUCAAGUGAUGUUUGUAGCACGUGCGCCCUUCUAGACCAGAAAAUUAAAACAUUGCCAUCAGGAUCCAUGGAACGUGUAAACCUUAUGACUCAGAAAAGGAUUCAUAAACUUAGGGCAAAUGCAUUUUAUGCGUACAUGAAAGAAAAAACCGAUGAAUCUGUGUGCAGUUUGUGUUUUGAUCUACAGCAAAUACAACAAUUGCCAAAAACAAACAUUCAAGAUGCAUAUUAUCUGAGGCAGUUGAAUUUUUAUAGUCUAUGUAUUACUAGUUUGGAUGGCAAAACCCCAACAUUUUAUACAUGGUCUGAAGAGCAGGCAGGAAAAGGCAGUACCGAAAUUUCCUCAGCUCUACAUUCUCACCUAAGAACAAUGAAUCUUAAAGGAAUCAAGACUUUACGACUUUUUUGUAACGGAUGUGUUGCCCAAAACAAGAACAAUAUCAAUAUUCAAAUGCUUUUGCACUUUCUCUACUCUUCAAAUAAUGCUGACAUUCAAGAAAUUCAACUCUACUUUCCGGUCAGAGGCCAUAGUUUUCUGCCAGCAGAUCGUGUGUUUGGUAGGGUUGAGAAAAUCCUUAGGAAAAGUGUAACAAUAAUAUCCAAAGAACUAUAUUAUGAAAUUUACAAGAACAUUGGAGCUGUAAAAAUUAUGGGUGUUGAUUGGGAACUUCUAAAUACCAAAUCACUCAACAGGUUCUUCAAAAAUCUUUCAUACAUAUCAGAAUUAAAAAAGAUCUUUUUCAAGAAACAGGGCUUAAAAAAGAUCUUUGUCAAGGUCAAGGGCUUCAAAAACUAUAGAUUUGAAGAUGGAAGUGAGCAAGCUGGAGAAGGACUCCUGAAAAGAGGAAUAAAAGUUUCAAACGUCAGAAAUAUAACAUUAGAAUCUCUUCCACUAAAUCGUCCUAUUUCUGCCGAGGAGAAAAAAGAUGUUGAGAAACUCUUGAAACUAUUAUAUGGGGAUGGAUGGCACAGUGAGCCUGAUUUUGAAUGGUACAGGAAAAUAUUAUUCGAUGAAUAAGACGGGAAUGAAGAGGAAGAUAAAGUGUGUGGCUGUUUGGAUGAAGAUAUUGGAAUGAGAAUUUAAAUUGUUGAGUAUGUAUUAUUAUUGUGUUUUAUGUUACCAUAUUUUUUAAUUUCUUAAUUUGUGUGUUGCGUUAUUUCAAAAUUUUUCAAAAAAUUGAAUUGCACCAAUAAACCCCAUUGACUUUGUGUUAUUCGUUUGUUGUAUUACUUAAAUUAUUCAAAAAGUGUUUUAUCCUUGUGAGACUCAAUCAAAACAUGUUUUCUCCUUAGUAUUCUGUCAAAAUGUGUUUUCUCCAAAAAAUAAAUGCAUUUUUUUCAUUUGUUUUCAAACAAAUAUCUAAAAUAAUGUAUCAGAAUACUCCUCAGAGCUAUUAAGAACAAUAGAAAACUAUAACUUUGAUUCAUGACAGUUUUUUAAAUUUUUAUCAGUUUUUUGCGUUUCCUGUAAAUUCUCAUCUGAAAGAGAAAGCACGGUUUGAACGUUUGCUCCUCAAUUAUACAUUUAUAUCUCACCAUAUUAUAUUAUAAAGCAGUUGAAUUUUAUUUUGUAUCGAUAAUAUAAAUUCAAUCACUCAUCGUCUUUCCAUAAGUUGUUGAAGUGUUCUUCGAUAAUAAUUACAAAUGACUUUAUGUGUUUGCUUUAAAGCACAUUUUAAAAUCCUCUGGGAUCGAAUAAUGAUUGUUAAAUUUAUAUACAAAUUAUUGAUAUUUGUAAACAAUUAGAUUUUCAGUCAAAUGGUAAUACAAUAGUAAAACAUUGGUAAAUUGUUAAUUUAUAUCAUGUCUCCUGGAAACUUACAUUGAAUUCCUCACAAAGCAAAUAUGCUAUUUCUAUACCACAUUUUAGAAUUAAAUACCUUUGAAAUCUGCUCGUAUUAGCCAAGUUCAUAUAACGCGGUUUGUAGGGAAAAAAAUAAAAAUGGUAGUGUUAUAAAUAACAACAAAACCGUGUGAAGUCUAUUUUUGUAUAUAGAUAGUUUUGUUUAUAUAAAUCUCAAAUCUUUUUCAAUAAAAAUAGUGACUUUAGUUUAAAUUCGUAUUGUGACCAAAUGUGAUUAUGAUCUCAAUACAUUCCAACUGUUUAAAAAAAAUUUUUGUAUUCGUUCUGAAUAGCUUCUACACAUGGAAGGCGAUAAAAUCCUAUUGGUUUCGCAUUUGGGUUUUUAGAAUAUCUUUUCAUUUUAAAAACUAGGAUAGCUAAAGCUAAUAAUUAAACUUUUUUCUGAAUAAAAUACACAAACAGAACAGGUUUAAGAUACACUAAAAAGGUUUAAACAAAGCUACCAUUUUAAUUUUUUUCCCUACAAAUAGACCCAGGUUUCUGACUUGAAUUUGGCUAAUAAACUUGACUUUUUUUCUCUUAAAUGGGCAUUAUUUUGGUCUCAACACCCCCUCCCCAUUGUCAAUUCUUGUCAAACUUUUCAGUACCCCCUCCCCCUUAUAUUUACUGACAUCAUUUAUGGUUAGCCCCAAACUCCUACUUAUCCAAGGACCAAAGCAACGAAAUUCUACUGUAUAUACUCUUUUUUUUUUUUAUAAAAAGUAAGCAUAUGUAAGCAUUUUCCUGAGCCUCGAUAAACAAUUUUAAAAAUUUUAUUUUUAUUUAAUUAAAAAUUUUAAAUAUAUAUAUUUCUAAAUUUAAACCAACAAAAACAACAAAAACCGAAUGUUUAUAACAACAUUAAUUCAGCUACAUUAAAACUGAAACAAAAAUACAGAGCAUAAGUCAACUUUUUAUUUUUCUUAUACCCAUUAACCUUUAGUAAC